AUGUCCGAGCCUGAGACUUGGGGUCAUGUCGGAGCCAAAAUCACCAUCAGCGGUUACAUCAGUAAACUUCGAAAGGUCAGCAGAAAUUUGGCCUUCGCCAGCUUAGAACGCAAUGGUCAGCGGAUAGGUCAGAUCGCCGCCAAAGGGCAGGAGGAGGUUGAUAAGUUGAGCAAGAUACGCCCUUUUAGUGCAGUCCUUGCUUCGGGCACUGUCACUGAGGCUUCUACCAUGUCGCAUUUUGAGAUGGAUUUGGAGUCGAUAAAACACCUUGGCUACUUCCCGCCUGAAAUCAUCAUCGGCCCAGGCACGCUUUUCCCACCAGAGAAGCGCCACCUGCAAUUGCGCUUCCACAAGGAUCUGCGCGAGAGAUUGCGCUUCCGUGCUCAACUCAAAUCAACUCUGGCACAAGCUAUGGUGGAUCGGGACUACAUGGACGUGGAAACCCCAGUCUUGUUCAAAUCGACAUCUGAAGGUGCCAGAGAAUUCAUCGUGCCAACGCGGAAGGUCGGGCAUGCGUAUGCUCUGCCACAAAGUCCACAGCAAUAUAAGCAGGUCUUGAUGGCAUCUGGCAUGUCUGGCUACUACCAAUUUGCGCGAUGUUUCCGCGACGAAGAUCAUCGUGCUGACCGGCAGCCCGAGUUCACCCAGCUUGACAUGGAGAAGUCCUUCGCCACGGGAAAGCACAUUAUGGAAGACGUCGAGUACGUCGUUGGAAGAGCCUGGGAGGCCAUGCGAGAGCAAUAUGUCAUGGAGAUUGGGAAGAAGGGUUUCUCACCAAUCAAAAAGUCAUCCCUCCAGGAUUGGAAGCAGAGCGUCCAAGAUAGUGCAAAGGACGACUCUCAAACACCCCUUUACCAAGAAUACCCUGUCAUUCCGACGCCGUUCAUAAGGAUGAAGUACACGGACUGUAUGGAUCUCUACGGAUCCGACAAGCCAGACUUGCGCAUACCGAACAGGAUAUGCCGCGUCGAUGAGCACCUCGACCGACACUUCAUCAGCAUGAUCAGCGACCUCGAAGACCCCGCUGUCGAAACAUGGAAGUUCAGCCCCCGGGAAGACGCCGACAAAUCCGACGUGUCAAAGGCCCUGCUGAAGUUCAUGGGCGACCUGCCCGCGAGUCUUUCCAAAAACCCAGACGGCGGGCCGGUGGCCCUAGUGUUCGACAGCAGCAAGCCUCUGAACGGAUUCUCCUCUCUUGGGCCGGCAGGCAUCGACAGCAUUCUGCCCCAUGUCCCGGAGGAUUCGGGCUUUUCCGACUUGCAAAAUGGCGACGUUGUCUUCUUCCAAGCGUGCAAGAAGGGGCCUCGCGGGGGCGGCUCAACCAAGCUCGGCGAGAUUAGAAUCGCAUUCUACCACGAGGCUGUCAGGACCAGACUCAUCGACCGCGACAACUCCUUCAAGUUUCUCUGGGUCACCGACUUCCCAAUGUUCACCCUCACGGAGGAGGGUGACGUCGGUGGGCAGGGCGGCGCGGCAGGCUUCUCCGCCACCCACCAUCCGUUCACGGCGCCGCACUCAGAGGAGGAUUUCGAGCUACUCUUCACUGAUCCGAUCAUGGCCAAGGCAGAUCACUACGACCUCGUGCUCAACGGUGUCGAGCUCGGCGGCGGCAGCAGACGUAUCCACGUCGCCCAGAUCCAAAAGUUCAUCUUUGAAGAGAUCCUGAAGAUGGAUAAGAAAAAGGUCAAGGAGUUUUCGCAUCUGCUGAAAGCCCUCGGCUCUGGGUGUCCGCCGCACGCCGGCUUCGCCAUCGGGCUCGACCGCUUCGUGGCUGUCUUGAGCGGCGCGUCGUCUGUUAGGGAUGUCAUUGCGUUCCCCAAGAACAACAACGGCGUUGACGAGUUCGCGGGCGGCCCCAGCAAGAUGACGAAGGAGCAGUUGGAAACUUACAAAUUGCGCAUUGUAAAAGAACGGUGA